GCUCACAGGCACCUUCACCACCGUCGUGCAACGCGUUUUUUCUGUUGUUGUCUGCUUUAAGGCCCUCGUCUUUCUGUUCUGUUCUGCUCCACUUUGUAAAAAAAAAAAUAAAGCGUCGGAUUCGCGUUGUUGACGGCAUAAGCGGCUCCGGAUACAAUUAACACACACAUAUAUUUAGAGAGGGAGAGGAGGUUUUGCUGCGUGACACACUGUCUAUUUGCGCAAGCGCCAGCGUCAGCACAUAGUGUUGUCUCACUGACUUCUCCCUCCGUACGAAGGUGAGGAGGGAGAGCAAAAAGAAGAAGAAUGGAGGAGGAGGAUGCCAUUUUGGGGCUUGGCCCCGCUUCUCUUCCGGUGCAGCCGCAGGCCGAGGUGGAGAUGACGCUGCCCGCCAUGAACGACGCCGGGGCGGAAGGUGGGGAGGUGGGGUGGAGUUUUGAGAAGGCACUGCGCGCCAGCAGCAACAACGUCAACGCCGUCCGCCACGACAGCAGUGACCACAGCGACGAGGAGCAGAGUGACAACGAGAACGAUGACGAUGACGAGAGUGACGCGGUGGAUGAUGCGCACAGUAACAUCCAUACUGCUAAUAAUAAUCAUACAAAUGAAGAGGUGGUCUUCCGCGAUGGAGACGGCGUUAGUGGUGUUGCGGCUGGUGGUGGUGCUGCUGCCUCCGGUCAUGCCGGCGAUGACGGCAGCAGAGGUGGGGAGGUGGACGACGACGCGUUGCUGCGCAUCAGCGACAAGAAAGAGGCGAAGCGCCUUGGCAAGAAGCUGUACAAGCGGUGGAAAAAGCUCAUCAAGAAGACCAAGAAACACAAGGGCAGCAAGAGCAAAAAGGAGAAGAAGUCGUCGUCGAAGAAGAAGAGCGGCAGCGGCAGCAAGGGAAAGGGAAAGGGCAAGAGGAAGUCACGGGCCGCCGACGUGGACGAUGUGGACGUGGACGAUCUGCUUAUCAGCAUGGGCAAUGAGGAGGACGACAACGAAAUUGGCCUGGUGCCCGCAGCCGAGCUGUCCGAUGCCGCCGCUGACAUCGAGGCACGUCUGCACAAGGCCGCCUUGCGUGAGUCGAAGAUGCGAGCUGACAAGGCCUCGAAGAAGGCAGCUCAGCAAAAGUCCACCUCGGCGGAAGUGGUGAACAUCGCGAAGGAGCUCGUGGCGGCAAUGGCAAAGGCGCGGCGGAUGGACGACGACAUCGUGAGUGGCCGGAACACGCAACCGGGUGUGUUUCCCUUGCACCGCGUCGCCCUGAAGGACCUUGUGCAAGCGCGGUGCCGGCAGGCUUUUAUGGUCGGGCCGCUGGUGGAAGCCGGUAUUAUGCAGGAGCUCAGCUACUGGCUCUACGACGUGGACCGAGCCGAGCCGGCGCCGUACGAGCUGCGCACGACGGCACUGGAUAUUCUGAUGACGUUCCCUUUGGAGGGGAGCAUCGCAAUGACCGAUGACCUCACACAGUUUAUGGGCGUCAGUCGAGAGCAUCUUAUUAAGACCGACAUCGGCCGUGCCCUCAACGCACUCCGCAAGUUCAACGACGAGACGGUGGAAAAUAGAGGUAAAUGUGUGCAGCUAUUGGCAUCCUUCAGCCGCGUCAUUAGCGGAACAGCAGAGAAGGACCAAAACGACGAGAACAAAAGCAAGGCGGUAUGGAAGUGCCAGCGAGACCCCACUGUGGCCUCGCCCUUCGAAGUCUUGGAGACGUGCUCGGAGGCGCUGCAGAAGUCGUUCAUGAAGCCGAACCCGCGCGACCCGACGUCGUACAACGGUCUGUUGCCGUGGCGUCCACCUGCGGCAACCAUCACCAACGUCUCGGGUACGCUGAAUAACUACAUUGAAAAGGCAGUCCCGAACAGGCGGUAA